AGGGAGCAGCGUUGAUCGACAGAAAAGUUUCCCGCUAAGGAAGCACGUGGCUCCGACCUGUACUACCGUGUGCACCGGGGAGAGGAAGUGCACUCCCCGAUGUUCGGAUUGUCAUUAAUAACGUAAAUCCGCGAUACGCGAUUCACUUCCGUGUCCGACUUUUGACUCUGCCUCCGCGAGCGGAACAGAAAAUAACGCGCUCGACGAUGACUACCUGUAUCUGUUGUUGUGUACAUUCAUUAGGUGUCAAACUCGGAGAGGCUAGCGUGAUUUUACCUAAUUGAUUUUAUCAAAAUGUCAAACAUCAAAAAUGAAAACAUGCUGAUUACUCUAGCAUUGACUACUCGUAUUUAGUUAGAAGUAAACGAAUAUUAAUACAUAUUUUCAAUUAAUGAAAAAAUGACAUGACUAUUUUUGAAUUAUUACCAAAUUGGCACACAACCUGCUAUAUGAUAAAUAAAUUAUGAUGGCCACUGACAUAAAAACCUUGUACCUCGAUGCAACAGACUCCACUUUCUACUCCCCUGUUGAACUUUUCACACAAGCAUUACCUGUUAGAGAUGGUACAUCAAUUGUUGAAUUGGGUAAACAAUUACUAAAUAAUGCUAAAAUGGGAGACACAGAAGCAGUGAGAGAUCUAAUGUGCAGGGGGGCACCGUUUACUUGUGAUUGGUUAGGAACAAGUGCAUUGCAUUUAGCUGCUCAAAACAAUCAUACUGAAACAGCUGAAGUAUUGUUGAGAGCAGGAAUUUCUAAAGACUCAAAAACCAAAGUUGACAAAACACCAUUACACAUGGCUGCAUAUGAAGGUCAUUUAGAAAUGGUUGAAUUACUCCUGAGUUAUGGGGCAGAAGUUGAUUGCAAGGAUAUGCUUAAAAUGACUCCAUUACAUUGGUCCGUGGAGCAAGGGCAUAUUGAUGUUAUGAUUCUAUUACUUGAUCAUGGUGCAGACCCUUAUAGUUUAAGUAAAUUCCACAAAACUCCAAUUACCCUUGCCCUUGAACAAAAAAAAAUGGAUUUGGUUGAUAUCAUGCAACAAGAUCGACAAGUAGUUAAACAAACUGAUGAUGUAAAUAAUGAACAACAAUACAUGAAUUCUGAAGGACAAAGUUCUGAUGAUUAUAUCAAGUUUGAAGAAAUAAAUCAAUUAGAUUUGAUAGAGCAGCUACAACAACAACAACAGCAGUUUCAGCAAGAUCAGAUGUAUGUUCAACAGCAACAACAGCAGCAACUACAACGACAACAUCAACAAGUAAUAAAACAACACCAAAAACUUUUAAAACAAGAAAAGCAGCUAAAACAAGCAACAAAACGAAAGAUCAUUCAACCAAACGUUAGUAGUAGUAAAAAUAAGAUAUUUAUUCAAAAAGUUCAUACACCAUCAAAUGAAGCAAGUUACAUGAAUGAAGAUGUUCAAAUGUUAGGAAAUGAUAAAGAUUUACUAAAUCACAUUGAAACUGAUCAAUUGCAAUUUUUACAAAACCAUGGUUUUACAAUGAUGGCAAUGGAUAAUGAAAGUACAAUUGUUGAAAAUGCCAUGGAAAGUGGCCAAACUGUUAUUCUUACAGAGGCAGGAAAACGUGCUUUAAGUUUGACUAAAGCACAAAAUGUGAAUGUGAAUACUUUGAAACAAAUACCGGUUUCUAAAAAAAAUAACAAAUACAUUACAAUAAGUGCAAAUCGAUUUCUUGGGCAAUCCAAUAUGACUCAGAGCACUAAACCCAACAUUUUAAAGAAAGCUAGUGUUGAUAAGAAUAAUGGAAAAAUAUACAUUGAUGCCACUUCUAUACCAACCAUUAAAAUCACUAAUAAUAACAAAUCAUUCAAUAAGAAAUUUUUGUCUGCUCAUGCUGCAGAACCUCUUUACUUAGAAGUAAAUAAUAGUAAUGAAGACGUCAUAGAGAUAAACAGUCCAGAUUACAGUGCAGAAUUAGAAGAGUGGAAUCAGAAAUUAAUUAAAAGUCAAAGAGAAGUUGAGGAAUUCAGAGAAAAAUUGAAGGAAAAAGAAGCAGAAGUUGAAAUGUAUAAACAAAAGAUUUCAGAAUUGACAUCUUAAAAAACCAUCAAGCUGUGCAUUCAGUGCCUUCAGAUGAAUAGUUCAUUGGAAAAAUUUAUAUCAACUGGACUUCUUGAAUUUUUAUUCUUGUAUCAUUUUAAGUUUGUAAAUAUUUUGUACAUUGAUCACGUUGAAGGAGUAAUAAUAUGGAAGAAAAGCUGUGAUUGUUAGAUGUAAACAACUUUUUUACAGCUCCAUAAAAAUGAAAUAAUUCAUUUCCACGGUUAAACUAUUUUUUUACAUAGGAUAGAAGAAAUUUUCAGGCUCAUUGAAAAUAGUUCUGGUGUAAAUAUUAACUAAGAGUAUUCCUACUAAAGAACAAACUGUAAUGAUACUCUUGUUUCAUAAGUAUCUUGUUAGCGAGAUAAAAAUGAAUACAAACUUUCUCAGCUGGUUGAGAUUUGUCAUUUAAAUUUGUACGGUGCAUUAACAAAAAAAAUGAAAGUAAUGAAUUUUUCAGAACAUUUCUUAUUUGUACUGUUAUGAAGUAAUUAUUAAGUAAUCAUGAAGUCAUGUAACAAUAAACACGGUUUUAUUACUCGCAA